AUGACUUCAUUAGAGAAGGAUUUCAAGAGAGGACAUACUUAUAGACAGUGGAUUUUUGCACUAAUAGCUAACUGCAUAAUUUUCACAUAUGGAAUGGAAUGUGGAUGGAUAUCCCCAACAACUAAGAUCCUGCAGUCAGAUCAAUCACCUGUGGAUGAGGUUGUAUCUGUCAAUGUUAUAUCUUGGAUAGCAAGUUCCAUGAGUCUAUCCGCUAUUUUGGGAGUAUCUUUUUACAUAUUUGUUUUAGACAAUUACGGAAGAAAACUUGGCCUCAUACUUAUUGCUAUUCCACAAGUAAUCUCUUGGACCAUAAGAUUGUGCUAUUCAACAACCAUUACUUUGAUCAUAUCAAGAGUUUUAGCAGGAUUGUCAGCUGGUGGAUGUUUUAUUGUAGUUCCGACGUACGUUAAAGAAAUUAGUCAAGAUGAUAUAAGAGGAAUUCUAGGAACAUUUGUAGCAUUAUUACAAAUGUCAGGUGUACUCUUCAUGUACAUUAUUGGGGCUUUUUUGAAUUAUUACACAGUUAUAAUGAUAACAUUGGCAAUCGCAAUUGUUGUCACAUUUUUGGUACUUAAAGCUCCCGAAUCACCAGCAUUCCUCGUUAAACAAAAGAAAUAUGAUGAAGCUACACAAACUGUUGCAUAUCUUAGAGGGCUGGAUAAUGAUGACAAAAUUGUAAAGCAUUUGGUAGAUUCUAUGACAAAUGAAGAUAACUUAUGUAAAUCAAUGCCAAACGUUUCUUUUGCUAGCAUAUUACGCAAAACAUCAUGGCGUCGAGGCUUAUUUCUUAUUAUAACAAUCUUUUCCUUCCACGCGAUGAAUGGAGCUUAUGUCAUAGCAACUUACGCAUCACAAGUUCUCGUUUCUACAGGAGUUAAGUUUAAAAUCAGUCCUGAAAUACAAACUUUUAGUUUCCCAAUCUUUAUGGUCAUUGGUACAUUGGCACUCGCGUCUUGUGUGGAAAAAUGUGGAAGAAAGUCUUUGCUGUUUGCAUCGUUCUUAAUAGCGGCCUUGUCUAUGGGUGUUAUAUCAUUACUUAUAAUAUUACAAGGAUUGGGUUGGAGCAUACCUGCAUGGCUGCCAGUUUUAGCCAUCAUUAGUACAGUAACUAUCUAUGGUGCGGGUAUAUCUGCUAUACCGUAUAUUGUAAUGACAGAGAUGUUUAGUUUUCAGAUAAGAGCCAAAGUUAUGGGCAUAGUUAUUACUUUAGUGUGGGCAUUGACGGCAUUUGUGGUCACCACAUACACACCGUUAACUAAUUACAUAGGACCAUACGCGCCAUUCUUAUUUUACACUUUAAUUAACUUUUUGGGAGCCGUUUUUACCUUUGUAUACAUCCCUGAAACAAGAGCAAAAAGCGAGGAAGAAAUUGAAGCAAUUUUAGAAAAUAGACAAAAUGUUUUGAAGAGCCAAACUUGA